AACAGUAUGCUCUCUGUUCUUGACGCCCCGGAAUCCUGUGGAUACUCCUUAAAUCGAGGACAAUAUCAGAACGCCUUAACUGUCCGCUUUUCAGGCUGCCUCAUUAGUCGUCAGGCUGGGCGGUACACCUUGAUGGUGUUGUAUGUCAAUGAAGCUGGCAUAAUGGAUGUUUCUACAGUGUCCUGUGGGGCUAGCCCCAAAUCCUCGUUGUCCUCGACCAUCCACCUGCCCCUCUCUAAUGGUCUUCGCAAUGCCCAUGGUGGGCCUCCUUCAAAGUGUCUUAAUCCCACCCUUCGCAAUCCCAGCGCUCAAAAUCACACCAAAUAUCCUGGCUGCAGUAUUCCCCAGAACCAGCACUUGGCUUGUGGUUUCACUGGAAUCUCGUCUUCCAAGUGUUUGGUGAUGGGUUGCUGUGUGGAUUCGGCAACUUCCGCCUGCUUCUACCCAAUGGAUGAGUGCACUGCAGACCAUCAGUUUAUCUUUGCCGUUCACCAUAACCUCACUACUUUCCCUGUGACUCCCACCAAACCUGUGGUUGCUGGGAAGUCUAGCUGUAGCCCAGUCAUUGUCACUGAUAAGUUUGUGGUCUUCAAGUUCUCAGUCACUGAAUGUGGAACUCGCUCAUAUGAAAUUGGCAAUACCGUGAUCUACACAGCAGAGGUACAGACGGCCGUUCGAACCCUUAACCUGAAGUAUGGCAUAAUAUCCAGAGACAACCCCCGCAGAGUCAUGGUUGAGUGCCGCUACCCUAAAACGCUGGGUACCGUGCCGUCAGUGGCGAGUGUGGGCUACAUGGUGAAAAGCCCCAGUGUAACAUUCCCUUCAAAGGUGACAUCCAAGGGACUGUUUGGUGUCGAACUCAGGAUUGCUGAAGACAAAACCUAUACCAAGUACCUCAAACGGCACCAUCAGCCCCUGCGUCUCUUCCUGGGUAAACUUGUGUAUCUAGAAGUUCGUCUGACUUCUCCAAAUCCAGAGGCGACACUUUUGGUCAACUACUGUCUGGCUUAUCCCCGCUCUGCCAAGAAUGUUCUGGUGCUCAUUCACGAAGGGUGUGCCAACCCUCAGGACCCCAAUGUCUCCAUCCUUAAAUUCAGCAACCUGCCCCAGAACCGCCACCAGCGUCGCUUCAUGGUCCAAGCAUUCCAGUUCAUGGAUCAACAGACCAACAAGUAUCUGGAUGAGGAGAUCUACUUCAUGUGCUCUACUGAAGUGUGUAUGCCCACAGAAAAAACUUGUGAAGAGCGCUGUUUUGAUGGAAUUAGGAGAUCUACUACAUGUGCUCUAAAUAAAAUAACUGAGAAGAGUGCUGCUUUAAAUAAAAGGUCUGACAAUCUACAGGGUGACACAUCUGAUGCUUGAACAUGCUAAAGAAAUGUGGUAAUUUGACUAAUGCAUAUUAAAUAUUUUUUUUAAA